CUUCACUUUAAUUCGAUGAGUUCAGGCAGCGACGAUGGACAUCGACGGUCGGCAGCGGUGAGAAGAAGAAAAACGAAGGAGAAGGGAAAGGGCAGAGAAGAAGGAAACAUAAAUGGAGAGUCAACAUUUACCGAUGCUAUACGCAGCAGCAGCGAAAGGUUGUGUAGAAACGUUCAAUUCGUUAAUCGUAAGAGAUCCAUUGAUUCUUUAUAAAAUCUCACUUUCGUCUUUCGUCGAAACUCCUCUGCACGUUUCGUCUCUACUCGGCCAUCUUGAUUUCACCGUAGCUAUUCUUGAAAAAUGUCCGGGAAUGGCUGCAAAGCUCGAUUCUCUGCGACGCUCUCCUCUUCACUUAGCUUCUGCAGAAGGCCAUACUGAUGUUGUUAUAGCUUUGUUGUCCGUGAACAGAAGUGUUUGUUUGGGGUGUGAUGAAGAGGGUAGGAUUCCUCUUCACUUGGCGGCCAUGAGAGGCAAUCUUGAGGCUGCACGAGAAUUGGUUAGUUAUUGUCCUGAGUCGAUUUCUCAUGAGCUGACUGAUGAUGGAGACACAGUAUUACACUUGUGUGUAAAGUUCAACCAAUUGGAUGCUUUGAAGCUGUUGGUAGAAUUGGUGGAUGAUGAUGAGUUUAUCAUUAAAUCUAAUCGAGAUGGGAAUACUGUCUUGCAUCUAGCUGCCAUGCUCAAGCGAUUUCAGAUGAUAAAGUACUUGAUUUCUUUACCUCAAGUAAACAAAAGUGUGAAUUACAAGAACAGAAUGGGAUUAACAGCCUUGGACCUGCUACAGCACACUUUCAGAGACUUCAAAAAUCUUGAAAUUCAAGAAACUCUGAGAGAAGUUGGUGCUAAAAGAGCAGUAGAGCUAAAUCACAAUCUCCUGACAAGUUCAAUCGAAGAACCAACACUGUCUGUUUCCAGACAAACAUCAUCAAAACGAAAAACAUGGUUUAAAAAAUGCAUGAAAUACAUACAAUACAACGUAGAAGAAACACGAGGCGCGCUGAUGAUUGUAGCCACUGUAAUAGCCACCAUGACUUUCCAAGCUGCAAUGAACCCCCCCGGCGGGGUUUGGCAACAAACUUACGCAAAUUCCAAUGGCGGUCCUGUUUGUUCCGAAACAAACAUAUGCGAAGUUGGAACUUCUGUCUUAGCCUACGCAUACCCCGACGCAUACACUUAUUUCCUGAUAUGGAAUGGUAUUGCUUUUUUUGCAUCACUAUGUGUCGUCUCUUUGGUUGUUAGCGGAUUUCCUCUCACGAAUAAAUUGUAUGUGUGGCUUCUAGCGCAAGCUAUCGGUAUCACGCUGAUUUUUCUAGCUCAGAGCUAUGUAAUUGGCAUCAUUUUGGUUACGCCGGCGAGAUUGAGAUCGAAAAUGGAAAAGGUGGGAAUGAUCAUGUUUCGAGUUUUGUUAGGGGUGAUUAUUUUUGCUAGCGUUAUUGAAAUUCUCCGGUUUUUUGUCUGGACUGUGAAAAAGGUGCGGCGAGGUUGGUGUAAGAUGAAGAAUAAGAAAACAAGAGUAUCCAAAGAAAUUAUUAUAUAGACUAUGUCAAAUACUUUAUCUGUGGAUAAAAUUAAUAAAAUAUAACACAUUUUAAAUUAAUAAAUCAAUUGUCAGAUAGUAUAUUAUAAUAAUUAUGUA